AUGGAAGAGGAGCUGAAGAAGUUGUUCAAACAUCUAGGCAGAGCAUUUGGUCAGACACAAUGUGUCAUGACUGACUGCUUGGAUGGUCCACUUGCCUAUGGUCUUGCACAAAAGAUUCUGGGAAGGGUGGGGAUGUUCAAUGAUGGCUUUAUGAAGUUUUAUAGUGACCAGGCAGUGAAAAUGAGUAGCAAAUCAGCUGAGACCAUUUAUGAGUUCAAAGCCAAUGACAUUGAUGGCAAGAUGGAACCGGGAACCAACGCUGAGAUCAAAGAGUUUGCCGCCAAGUACGGAGUGGAGUUUGAUAUGUUUGAGAAGAUCAAGGUCAAUGGGGAUGAUGCCCAUGAGCUGUGGAAGUACCUGAAAAAGAAGCAAGGUGGCCUGCUUGGCAGCUUUAUCAAGUGGAACUUCACCAAGUUUGUUAUUAACAAGAAUGGCAUACCAGUCAGCAGGCAUGGCCCUAAUGUGGAUCCUCUGGUGAGCUUCAGUCCUGUUAGAUAUGACAAACUACUGGGUAUGGAGGAUGAUCUGAAGAAGUGGUUGGAAAAGUGAGUCAGAUGAAGAAGAAGAUAGCCUGAGUGAGUGUCAUUUCUCCGUAUGACGGAGAAGCCACAACCUGCGCGAUGCAGACGGCUCCUCUCGAUGACUUAGGAGACAUUCUGCUCACAUUAGGCCGUGUUUUUCCCAUUUAGUCCCAAUCCCCACUCAGGGCAUUCAUUUCUCAAUUUAAUUUUUGAUUUCAUAUACUCCUUCAUGGUGACUGGGCAGCCUAUUUUAUGACUCAGCAUUGUUUUUUUUUUUUUUGCAUUCAGUUAUUUAAUGAUACUUACCAAAGUCAGUGUCUUGUUUAUCAAUCCAUUUACACAAUAUUACACAAAUUCAUCUGUGUCAUCCACCUCAUGCCAACAAAAUAUGUGAUAUGAGUGCUGCUAUCCACUGAUAUUGUGUGUAUGGCUGCACCCAAAAGCCUUCAUCUUGAAACGAUUUCUUCGGGUAUCACUUUGCCACACCCUCAUUUCGUGAUGUUUCGGCUUGAAUGUGUAUGUGCCCAUGGCAAUGGAAAAACUGCUGUUCUGAGUUAAGAGAUAUCUCCCGUUGUCAAGUUACUCUUUCUUCCAACUUUGGUCUUUAUUCAGUAGCUACCAAAUGAGGAGGAACAGUGGAGAAUAUCUGAUUUGGUAAUUCUUGGGUUUAGAAUCUAAUUGAUGAUGAAAUGUGAUGAUUGAACAUAGAUAAAACAAAAAAUAAUAAUACAUGAAGUGUAGGGAUGGCUUAACUCAAUGGUACCAGGAUAAAGUUUCAGUAUUCAUCUGAAGUUACCAACACACAUUUACUGGCUUGAGGGGUAUAGGUACUUGUAAAUGGGAUUAUGUAUAUUCAUGCUAAGGAAAUUUUUGGUAUAACAUCCUUAUGCACUUUCAGCAUGCAUUUGUUGAGUUUUUGACCGUUUGAAAACCGAUGGUUUUCAAGCGGUCAGGCACUCUGUACACUGAGAUGUCAUGGGUUGGGUGAAAUGAUGAGGAGGCUACUCUUCCUCAGCACUUGAAAAGUCUUUCACACCAUGUGAUGCUGUGAGCAAUAAAUAGGUAUUCAUUGACUUUCAUGCAAA